AUGACAGCAACCAACGGCGUAAAUGGGGCCAAGGCGCCAAAGCCUACAUUCCCUGCCGAGGCAGCUACGAGAGAAUAUGCUGCUUCACUCGACAAAGCAGACCCGCUGCGUGCUCUCCGUGAUGAAUUUAUUAUCCCCUCAAAAGCCAAUCUUGCCACAAAGAAGUUGGCAAAGCCAGGUCUCUCCUCUGAUCCGAGCAUUUACUUCUGCGGUAACUCGCUCGGUAUUCAGCCCAAGGCGAUUGCCAAGUACAUGGAAGCCCAGCUGGACACCUGGGCAUCAAUCGGAGUAUGCGGCCAUUUCACAAAAUUGGAGGAUUCUCCUCUUUCAGAAUGGCAGCUCCUCUCGGAGCAGGCGUCGGCAUCUAUGUGCAAGAUUGUUGGCGCUGCGCCAGACGAGGUCGCUGCCAUGGGCACCUUGACAACCAAUCUGCAUCUCCUCCUGGCCAGUUUCUAUAAGCCUACCGAGUCUCGGAAGAAGAUCCUAAUGGACUGGAAGGCGUUCCCCAGUGAUCAUUACGCCAUUGAGUCGCAUAUCGAAUGGCACCGACUCGACGCCAAGGAGAACAUGGUCCUUAUCGGACCGGAUGAGGGCACCUAUGAGGUUUCCACCGACAAAAUUCUUUCAUACAUUGACAAGCACGCUGGCGAUGCUGCCGUUUUGCUUCUUCCGGGCAUUCAAUACUAUACCGGCCAGUUCUUCGACAUUCCCACCAUCACCAAGUACGCUCAGGACCGAGGCCUGAUCGUGGGUUGGGAUUUGGCCCACGCUUACAGCAACGUCGAGAUCAAGCUUCACGAGUGGAAUGUUGACUUUGCUGCCUGGUGCACGUACAAAUACGGCAACGCUGGACCCGGUGCUAUGGCUGGUUUGUUCGUGCAUGAACGCCACGGCAAGGUCGACUACAGCGAAGGCGAGGACGCCCCUAAGUUCCGUCACCGUCUGACUGGUUGGUACGGCGGUGAUCGCUCCGUUCGAUUCAAGAUGGAUAACAAAUUUAAACCCAUCCCCGGCGCCAACGGCUAUGUCAUUUCCAACCCUUCGGUCAUCGAUCUCACCACCCUUUGCGCUGCUCUUUCCGUCUUCGAUAAGACCAGCAUUGCUGACCUCCGCCAAAAGUCGUUCAAGCUGACUGCAUACUUGGAGUACCUGCUUCUCAAGGAUACCACAGAUGCAGACCGUAUGUUCUCCAUCAUCACCCCGUCAGACCCGCACGCUCGCGGCGCUCAGCUGAGUGUGCUGCUGAAGCCGGGGCUCCUGCAUAAGGUGGCGCAACGCCUGCAGGACGCGGGUAUUAUCUGUGACAAGCGGGAACCGGACGUGGUCCGAGUGGCUCCCGUGCCUUUGUAUAACACCUUUGAGGAGGUGUACACGUUUGUCGAGGUGUUUAAGAGUGCGCUGUCCGAGUAA